AAAUUAAACGCCCGACGUGUUUCGCUGUGGAGUCUUCUCGUUGUAUUUGGGUUACGUGUGAGCGGCACGGAGUGCAUCACGUUGCCUGAUGGACAAACCACCAUCGUAUGAUCGAGAGAGAGAAAAAAAAAGGCCGUCUUUCGUUGUUCGACAACUCGCCGGCUGGCGGCGUCACGCAUGCGUAUUCUUUUAUUUAUGUAUUGUUUUUGUCGCCUUGUGACCUCCGUACGACGUGAAAACAACAGCUGGCGUUUUUCAAUUUUGUACCUCCCGCGCUUGUGACGUUCUCGACGUGCUCGCUUCUUGGGGGAAGCUCAUUUUCCCGAUCAAAUUGCCCGCAAAGCGUUUUGUGAACUUGCGUUUGUGCUGUUGCCAAGCUCCGCGCCCUCUUUGCCGCUCUCCGAUUGGUCGACGCGGAUCCGUCGUCUGCCGUUCGUUGUUGUCAGGGCGUCGAUCUCGAAGCGGACACACAUGUUGUCGGUACGCAAGCUCAGCUGGCGGAGGCCAUGUAGUGGUGUGCGAUGCGGUGUAGCAUAGCGGGAUAUGCGCUGCGCGGACUUGCAUCGGCAUGAAUGGCGAGUCUAGCUUGCCGGAGGUUCAUAUCUGGGACGGUGCGACCGCAGAGGCAGAGGAACUCAUCGAAGUUGCAGACGAACUGCGUCCAGAAGAUGGGAGACCAAUUUGCAAGAUCUGCCACAUGGCUGCGAAGGAUGGGGACCCCCUCAUCUCACCCUGCAAGUGUUCGGGGACCAUGCAGUACAUUCACUGCGGAUGCUUGAUGAGAUGGCUCGAGAUCCUGAACAAGAAAUCCCGCAAGCCCCCCAGCUGCGAGCUGUGCCAGUACCAGUACCAGUGGCACAAGAAGUUCCGGGCCGGUGCCUGGCAGAUACCCCAGUGCUCACCGCGUGACAAAGUGCUCCACACCCUUUUCCUCGUCGCCGUUGCAGUGAUGGUCGCCUGCGCCACGGUCACCAUCGUCUGCUUCAAACAGGACGGCGGCUCGGCGGCUGCCAAGGCGCAGCGGAGCGAGCUGACCGACUCCGAGGUCAUCACGCUCGUCUGCGGGGUGCUCUUUUUCCUGGCCUUCUUCGUGGCCAUGUACGUCGAAGUGACUGCUCGGAACACUCUCUACCGUCUCCUGCUCAAAUUCAUUUAUCUCAAUCAGCAGUGGUACAUCGAUGAGUACGACGCGAAACGCGGGCCAGUCGCGGUGUAGACACCUGAGGUGCCUUCUGUCACGCAUCAUCUUAUACGCUCGUUUCAUUCGAUUAUACCGAUCAGCGGAGUAGAACUGUGGUGCCCCUCGUUUGAAUCGUUGCGGUACAACCAAUCGGCAUAAAAGGGCCGAAUCCCGCUCUUGCGGAGUCUCCGCGAGCGUCCGGAUCCCAAAAACGAUUCCAUACGUUAUCUCUCGUGUGUCGUGAAGAGCACACGUUUAAUGCGCAUGAUGGACUUGCAUUGAACGCUUAUCUGAACGGCUCCACGGUUUUCCCGGCGAUUUUAAUCCGAGUGCCAGCUAAAUUAAUCCAUGCCCCAUAAAGUUUGCACGGCACGUAGAUUACUUUAGCUGGCACUUGGAUUAAAAUCGCCGGGAAAACCUGUAGUGGUACGAGUGAGCUGAAAUAGCCUGUUCCGCACUUCCACAGUCUGUGUUGUUUUUUUUAAAUCCGAUCCAGCCGUACCACACUUGAGCAUCUAUACGGUGGCACAGUCCGCAACGUGCGGUAUCGGCAGAACUGCAGCGCUAUAAGGAGUACUUUUGCCGUGGUGGAAGGAACUUUAAGCUUCAGCGAUCACAAAUGCAGUUUCACAACUUGCACACUUCAAUUUUCCUGCCGCGCCGCUUUGAGCAGAAAAAGUUGCUUCCUACACAAGAUCGAUCUGAACCGAGUACUAUGCUACUUUUCGUACUCCAUGGCAGCUCCGCUGCCGUCACUUGACUUUAGAGCAUGCGAAGGCCGUAGGUUAACUGUCUUGUGAUACGGACUAUUAGCCGAUGCCGAAGCCAAUCUUACAUGCCUCUCAAUCUCUGCAGUACAUGUGCCAGAGGAUUACUCCCUCUUUUUUUUUUUUUUUUUUUAUAUAUUGUCGCCGGACAAUCCCGUAACUUGAGGGAGCAAUCAUCUUAUCAUUUCCCCCCCCCCCCCCCCCCCCCCGAGUCUUAAGUUUGGUUGUGUGAUACGUUAUUACAUUUCAUCUUUGCGCGUGCCAUUAUCACUUCUAAUUUAUUUCAGCUAUAUCCACGUGUAAACUAACAUGAGCCGUGUGUGUUUGCACAAAGUCCGUGGGUCGGCCGACGCGCGUUAUGUAACUGCGGAAAGGCCCCGUAUGUGUGUGUAUAUGUAUGUGUGCAAUGUUUAUAUAAUGAAUGUGCGAGAAACUGCACUUUUUUCGACUCGUGUACGAAGCCAUUUUUGUAUGAUCCCAUGUGCAAAGCUGAGCAGCAUAUUUCUCCUCCAUUAUCAUAUCUGUUGUACGAUGUGCACCUUCACACUAAUGCUGUACAGUACAUUUAGGACAAAUAUAAUUUUCUCAACUA